AUGUCAAUUUUGAACCCAACUACAGUUCAUCGGGAGUUUUUCGGGGUACCAGGAUCGUUAGCGAUUACCUUAGGACUUCCGACUGUUAUAACGUUGUUUGCAUUAAUUACCAAUGAGUAUUAUUCGGUGCAAGGUUUAUCAUUGGAUUUUAAUGCUAUAAUUUCUCAAAUACCUUCAAAUACAAAGGAAUGGAUUGAGUUAUGUUUUGAUUUCAAUUGCUGGGCUGCUUACUUAACAUGGUUUACCGUCUUGGUGUUAUUGGACUAUAUCUUGCCAGGUAAGAAGCUUAAAGGUAUAGAGUUAAGAGACAAAAGCCAAUUGGAAUAUAGAAUAAAUGGGAAGCUGAUGGCAGGAUUAUUGACUGUUCUUUUGUUAAGUAGGCUAUUCGUAUCUAAUAGCUACUAUUUACCCGAAUUGCAGUUCAUUUAUGACAAUCAAUUAAAGUUAACUUUGGUCACUACGAUUUUUUCAUUCUUGUUGGCAGUUUUUGUUUACGUUUGUUCAUUUAUUCCAUUGACGACGCCAAAUAAAGCAGGGACUAAGGAGAGAAUAUUAUCGAUCAAUGGGAAUUCAGGUAAUAUAAUCUACGAUUGGUUUAUUGGUAGGGAAUUAAAUCCUCGUAUUGGUUCGUGGGAUAUCAAACUAUUCUGUGAGUUGAGACCUGGUAUGUUAUUAUGGUUUUUGAUUAAUUUAUCAUGUGUGCAUAACCAGUACCACAGGCUCAACAAAAUCACUGAUUCUUUAUUGUUAGUGAAUUUUUUGCAAGCUUUUUAUGUUUUUGAUGGUGUGUUGAACGAAGAAGGUGUAUUAUCAAUGAUGGAUAUAACCACCGACGGGUUUGGGUUCAUGUUAAGCUUUGGAGAUUUGGCCUGGUUGCCUUGGUCCUAUUCGUUACAAGCAAGAUACUUAGCGUUGCCUGAAAACUCGUUGGAAUUAGGCUAUAUUAAAGUUGCUUUAAUUUUGGCUUUAAGUUUCACUGGUUACUACAUAUUCCACUCGUCAAACAAACAGAAAUCGGACUUCAGAAUGGGUAAAUUAGACCACUUGAAUUUGAAAAGCAUUAAAACCAAAACUGGGUCAAAAUUAUUAUGCGAUGGCUGGUGGGGCAUCUCACAACACACAAAUUACUUCGGUGAUUGGUUGAUUGGGUGGUCAUGGUGUUUACCUACUGGGUUUCAAACAUUGUUAACCUAUUUCUACGUUAUUUAUUUUGGGGUCUUACUAGUUCAUAGACAGACGAGGGACGAAGCUAAAUGUAGAUUAAAGUAUGGCAAGCAAUGGGAAGAAUACGAAGAGCUCGUUCCUUACAAAAUUGUGCCUUACGUUUAUUGA